GGUGGUCAUGGAUGGAAAUGUCAUAACUGCGAAGAGAACAGCAGCUGUGUCUGCCAUCGCCACCAAGUUUUUGAAGCCACCCAGCAGUGAAGUGCUGUGCAUCCUGGGGGCUGGGGUCCAGGCCUACAGCCACUAUGAGGUCUUCACUGAGCAGUUCUCCUUCAAGGAGGUGAGGAUAUGGAACCGCACUAAAGAAAAUGCCGAGAAGUUUGCAGACACAGUGGAGGGAGAGGUGCAGGUCUGUUCAUCCGUCCAGGAGGCUGUGACAGGUGCCGAUGUGAUCAUCACAGUCACCAUGGCAACAGAGCCCAUUUUGUUUGGCGAAUGGGUGAAGCCAGGGGCUCACAUCAAUGCCGUGGGAGCCAGCAGACCGGACUGGAGAGAGCUGGACGACCAGCUCCUGGCGGGCGCCGUGCUGUACGUGGACUCCCGGGAGGCAGCCCUCAAGGAGUCUGGAGACGUGCUGCUGUCGGGGGCAGAGAUCUUCGCUGAGCUGGGAGAGGUGGUGGCGGGAGUGAAGCCAGCCCUCUGUGAGAAGACCACGGUGUUCAAGUCUCUGGGAAUGGCGGUGGAGGACGCGGUUGCGGCCAAAUUAGUGUAUGACUCCUGGUCAUCUGGUAAAUAGCGCGAAGCGUGGCCCCGAGGCGGCGCUGCAACUCCAGGGGCCUUGCCGCCGGUUGUCCUGUAAUUUCUAGAUCAAACGAGGGAACCCCGUGCCCAGCGGACUGUAGUGUUGUGCUCAUCCUGUCUUACCUUAAUUGGCGAGAUCCUCCUUGCGUUGUAGCUGAGGGGAGCUGGGUGGCCGGCCCUGCGGUGCGGGCUGCAGCAGCACCCCUUCCCCAGGCAUCCCACCGGCUCUUGUAUCUCCUGGAAAUAAAGCGAUUUCCUUUUCUGCA